AUGCUUGGAAUUCAACCGGGAAAUCCGGGUGGACCACCACCUGGACCUCCAUCUCCACAAAUGGUACGAGAAACUCCUUUAUCACCAAGGGCACCUGCCAGCAGAGCAUUAUCCGACAGCGGUUCUGAUUUAGAAUCUCCCAAACACGAAAAUCAAGAAAAAUUACGAAAACAUCACAGUUUUAAAUUGAGUUUUAAAAGGCGAGACACCAUAUCCGGUAGAAAAGAAGGAAGAGAAUCAUUAUUAUGUGCAGUUCCGGCCAAAUUCAUUCGAGCCACGUCCGUUAGACCGCAAACAUUGAAUCCGAAAUGGAAUGAAAAAUUCAGAUUCAAUAUUGACGAUUUAUCAACGGAUAUCCUUCAUUUAGAUAUUUGGGACCACGACGACGAGUCCUCCGUCCUCGAUGCCGUAUCGCACUUAAACGAGGUACGAGGAGUUAAAGGAUUAGGAAGAUUUUUUAAACAAAUCGCUCAAAGUGCAAGAUCGGGAUCACAGGAUGAUUUUUUGGGAUGCGUUAAUGUGGCAUUACAGGGUAUACCAUCCACGGGUUUAGAUUGUUGGUAUAAAUUAGAAGCGAGAACUCAAAGAUCGAACAUACAGGGAAGAAUUCGUUUGAAAUUAUGGCUGACGACAAAAGAAGACAGAGGAACAUCAGAAGAAGAUAAUUGGAGCGAAAUACAUCAACAAGAACAAUUACAUUCGGUUUUUAUCGGUUACGAAUUAUCAAAGCAUAGAGGAAAAAGUUGGGAAUGGUCCGGUGAUCUUCCUCAGGUUGCAUUGACAAUCAUUCAUCAGCAUGCCAUACAGGGUGACGUCACUGAUCUUCAAUUAUCUCUUGUCAAAUGGGUGGCAUAUUCAAAAAUAAAUCAGGAAAAAUUUUUAGAUCCUAAAAUCCUUUAUAAACUUUUACAAGAUAUGGAUCAGAUUUGGUCGACGGAAACACUUUCGAAAGAAGAAGAAGAAUAUCUCGCGGAAAGUUUUACAUCAUUUGUUGAAUAUUCUCUUUACCUUGUGAGACGUCACAGGAUUUUGUUUCCUCCUCAACAAAGAGCAACAAUGACAAGAUUUGAUUAUCUUUUAAGAUGUUUGGGUCUUUUGGCAAACAUGAAAGCUUUUCGUAAAUGUUGUCCUUUUCACAAAGAGAUAAGAGGUGAAAUAAUAUUGGCAUUGAAAAAAGGUACGGCAGAAUGGUACGAACAGGUACAAGCGAAAUCAUUAAGACACGCGGAAAAUUCAUCUUACAAUCAUCCGGAUUCUGAUAGGAUUGAUCAAACUCUUCAAGCUUUAACUCAUCUCGUAACGAUACUUUUAAUCGAUGUCCAAACUGGAAUUCAAGCUUUCAAUCCAGUUUUCGAACACACCAACAACGUACAUUAUUUCAACGCCGUUUACAAACAAUUAGAAAAAAUGAUAAAUAACGAUAUGGGUCCAAAAGUUGCACAGAUUUGUGCCUCGUUAACAACAGACGAAUCACAAACGGCUGCUCAAAAUAUACAAUUUGGAACGUCCGUUUUUGAACUUUAUUUGGCACUACAAGAAUUUGUCAGUUUAAAAGAAAAUUUAAACAUAUCAGAUCAAAAAGUAUUAACGAUAAAUAAUUAUUACGAGUGGUUCGAACCUGCUUUAGAACAAUGGUUAAACGUUGCAAAAAUAAAAGCUCUUUAUCGUAUAAAAGCCGCUUUCGAAUUGAGCAGAAUGGUUACGGGUGAAAGAAUAGUAAGACACAGUACGUCAGCCAUCGAUGCCACCGCCUGCUUUUAUCAGAUUCAAGAAUUUUGGCGUCAACUCGCUUGGCCUAAUUUACUUACCGCCUAUAAUUUCGUCAUGACCAUAAUCGAUAUAAUUACGUCAUCAUCAUUAUAUUAUUCGGAUCUCGUACAACAGAAAUUACAAGAUUCCGGUUAUUACGAAGAUUUGGGAGGUUUUAAAGUUUCCGACGAUAUGUGUAUUUCCGUUAACGAUUUGGAAUACGUCCGAAGAUUUUUAAACAUGGUCGCAACUUCUUUAUCUGUCGAACCCAUUUUAGAUGCUGUAGAAGCUGCAAAUUGUGAAAAUCCGUCCCAAUGGAGAGAUGCCCUAUACGGAGUAUUAGAAGAAACGAGAUUGACACUCGAAGCAAGAGCAAUGCAAAUCAUGUCGAGAAUGGGAGUCAAGAUGAGGCCAUCUUUAAAAAAGGUCAUGUUUCAUUUGGCUUGGUCACCUGAUUCGUUACCUACGUCGGAAGCCAUUUCGCCACUUUUAGAACUUCUCGAUGGUUAUUUGGUAUCAUUAAAUGCUGCUUUGCUUCCGCGAAAUUUCGAACGUUCUUUAGCCGAUAUAUGGGAUACGGUACUCAUGGAAUUGGGAAAUCAAAUCGAUUCUAAUUCCGGUGAAAAAGUUUCAGGAUUUUACGAUAGAUUAUACGAAGCACUUGAAAUAUUAGUUGAUUUUUUUCACGCCGAAGAAAAGGGUUUGUCUAUUGACACUCUUAAAUCAGUCACAUAUUGGCAAAUCGAACAGAGACUUUCUUAUCAUCGUACCGAUACGGAAAAACUUAUUUUAUUGUUUUAUCAACAACGUUUAAUCGAUCAAAUGAAUACGGAAACAAGCGAAUAUGGAGUCUUAUCAGUGAGAGCUUAUUUCAAUCACGAUUCACUUUGUGUGGAAGUUUUAAAUGCGAGAGACGUUAUACCUUUGGAUCCGAACGGAUUUAGCGAUCCUUUUGUCAUAAUUGAACUCCUUCCGAGAAAAGUUUUUUCCCACUGUGGAAAACAACAAACGAACGUUCAUAAGAAAACUUUAAAUCCAAUGUUUGACGAAUGUUUCGAAUUUUCGGUGACUCUAGAACAAUGUCGGAGCGAAGGUGCCAUGAUAUUGUUUACCGUUAUGGAUCACGACGUUCUCACAUCCAACGAUUUUGCUGGAGAAGCUUUUUUAAGUCUUCAAACGAUUCCAGGAGUUGCUGAUAAUUCAUCGUCUGUUGAUAAUUUUCACGGCCUCAAAACUCAAGAUUUAAAUUUAAUGCAUCAAAAAAAUAAAAAUCAUCCGAUACUUCAAAUUUUAGAAACAAGAACCUGGGAUAGAGUAGCACAAGAAUUUGCCAAAAAACAAAAGCUAAGAUUUGCCAUGAGUAUUUAA